UAAUUUCCGGGUUACGUCUUUUCAGGAAAGUUUUUCCUGUUGCGGUGAUUUUGAAUUUAGGUCGCGAUUUGAGAGUGCUCCGACCGACCGUCUUCACGUUGUUUUGUUUUUUUUUUUCCUCGAGGGGAAACUCUUUUUGCAGCCUAAUGUGUGGCAGCGUGCGAUCAAACGUGCCGCUCGACCUCGCGUUUGCUUUCUUUGCAGCCAUUGCGGUGUGAGGGGAGCCAUGAAGCCCACCCAAGGUGCACGAAAUGCCCCCAGCAAGAGAUGGUUGAGUGACGAAGGGUUUCCACUGCCAGAGGAGCAGCCAUCUUGUGUGUCAUCUGCCAAGUCAAUGUUUACACUGACCCGCUUUGCUUCACCAAGAAGGAGCUGCCUGACAUCAUUUUUGAGCGGAAUGAGCGCAAAACCAACCUGGUGCAAGAAGAGCUUCACUACUAUCAGAGAAGGAAGCGGCUUCGGCUUCCCCAGGAAAUGGGAAGAGGAAACCCGGUGACUCUGACCCCUGCCUUACUGCAACAGGACGAAGGCAGGGCGGAGCGCGGCUCUUUUGUAGAAGUCGGACACUUGAGGGAGUUGCGCUUACAACCUCUCGAGAGGCACUUGGAACAAGAUGAAGUUUCUCCUCCGAGCUGCGGCUGCUUUAUGCUGCCGCUGGCUGUGCUGCUCGCUGGCGCUGGAACCCACCGGGAGGAACGUGUGCCACGACCCCAGAAAUCCGUCCACCCUUGUGUGCUGCACCGGCUGGCGUCAGAACGGCAAAGAGUGCCCAAUACCUGUGUGUGAGGGGGAGCAGGCCUGUCUGAAGGAUGAGCUUUGUGUGUAUCCCGGAGUGUGUCGCUGCCCGGCCGGCUACUACGGGGCGCACUGUAAAACUCGGUGCCCUCCGGAGUUCUGGGCAUCAGACUGCCGUCAGGUGUGCCCGUGUCACCCGCACGGCCGCUGCCACCCCGUCACCGGCGAAUGCACCUGCAACCCCAAUCGCUGGGGUCCUCUGUGCCAGUACGCCUGCAAAUGCGCCCGCCACGGACUCUGCCACCCCGUGCACGGAAACUGCACCUGCGACGAAGGCUGGUGGACGUCCACUUGCGCCAAGCCGUGCCAGUGCGUCCCCAGGGGCUCGGCGGGUCCCGGCUGCGACCAGCUGACGGGCCGCUGCCAGUGCCGCAAGGGCCACUGGGGGCUGAAAUGUCCCGGCCCUUGCCACUGCUACUUGUCGCAGUGCAACCAGCGCACCGGCGUGUGUGAGUGCGAGGGCGGCUGGUGGGGGCCCAACUGUGACCGGCGAUGUAACUGUGACCUCGCACACAGUCGAUGCGACCCUGCCACCGGACAGUGUGUGUGCCACCCGGGGUACGGGGGCGACUACUGCAACCAGUCGUGUGAACCUGGGAUGUACGGCAGCAGUUGUAAAAUGAGCUGCGGACGCUGUAAAGGCGACGAACCGUGCUCCUCAAUCGACGGCGCAUGUGCGGCCUGCGAGGCCGGCUGGAACGGGACGCGGUGCGACCGCCUGUGCCCGCCUGGUUACUAUGGUAACGGCUGCCUGGAGACGUGCCCGCGGUGCAGGAACAACGAGCCCUGCGAUCCCAAAAGUGGGGAAUGUUGGAGCUGCGAUCCGGGAUGGACGGGAGCCAGGUGCGAGGUGGUCUGCGCUGACAGGACGUAUGGCGAGGCUUGCCGCUUCCUGUGCAGCCCAUGUUACCAUGGUGAUUGCCAUCACGUGACAGGAAAAUGCAUCUGUCUGCCGGGCUUUCAGGGUGAGAGUUGUAACAACAGUUGCCCCGGCAUGCAGUUUGGCUUCAACUGUUCCUCAGCGUGCGACUGCGGCGAAGGCGUCAGCUGCCACCCGCUCACCGGUGCCUGCCCCAGCAGUGGCCGAGGUGCCCUCCUGGCAGGCCUCUUGGUUCCUUUCCUGUUGGUGCUCCUCGCUGUCCUAUGCUGCUGCCUCUGUUGUGGAGGAGCUCCAGCAGAUGGCAAAGACAGGACGAAUGUGGCAGACGGAGGGCUGUCAGUGCGGAUGAAAUAUCACGUCUACAGUGUCCUGGGCAACAUUGGCGCCGCCCUACCUUGCAUCUCUGACUGGUCUUCGGGGCUCCCUCGGGUCACCGUGUCUCACCAUGACCCCGAACUGACCUUCAACCACAGCUUCAUCGAGCCUCCUUCCUCCGGCUGGGUGACCGACGGGUCGUCCUUCGACAGCGACGAGGAGGAGGGGGAAGCUCUCUACUGCGUCCCCCCGAGAGAAGAAAUCUCAGGAAUGGAGGGUAGUCACUUCCAGGAGAUGAGCUCCAAGUGCAACAUGCUCUUGGACCCGUCGGGGUUCAGCACCGAGGACAUAACCUCCCCCUUCGACAUCCCCCGCACCUCCAGCAACGCCAAAUCCAAGCGUCCGUCCGUCUCCUUUGCAGAGGGCACCCGCUUCAGCCCCAAAGAGAGGCGGGGCUCGGGUCAAGACGUCACCUCUCUGCCCGGGUACCCUCGCAAACCCAAGCCCACCUGGGGGGGGUUGAAGCUUUCUGGCGAGGAAGACGGAGGCGAGGCCGAGGAGAGAGAAGACGGCGUAGAAUUUCAAGUAACAGAGCGGCAAAAUCUGAACUGCGAAGUUGUAGACCAGGAGGAGGACAGAAAGUCGAGGAACACAACGCGGACCGCAUCCGGACGAAGACGUACCAUGUCCAACACGGCAGCUCAACGCAAAGCGUCGGCCCCUUCCGCUUCCAAUCAUCCGCCCGCUGUUUCAAACAAGGUCACCACAGUGUACGUGACGGUGGGCAAGGCGGGGAAGCCCACGUCCAAACCGGAAACCAGCUCAGAGGGCCCCGUUCAGGCCGUGUUAAGGCGACUGGGAAGUAUCCAGAGACAAAGGGAGCAGGGGCCUGGCAAAGCCAAACCCAAGGAUGCGGAAGCCAUCGCCAAACCCCCCAGGAGAAAACUCGGGGCCCGGAGGAACGUGUGGGAGCACGGCGGCCCUUCAGGAGCCGAGCCCGCCAUUAAUAAACCCGCGAGGAGGAAACACGCUCCUGACACGGCCGCUAGCGACUCGGGCUCGACGGAGAGCAUUCCUCUGAAAAGGCCGCUGUCGUCCAUUUUAAAGAGCGUGCCGGAGGUGGCGUCGGCCGACUCCGGUGGCUCGGAUGGACGGCGGGGACAUGAGCCCAGCGGGGAGAGCAGCUACCUGACUGUGGGGCCAGCAGGGGACGCUGAGGUCCCGAGCGUGGACGAUGAAGAAGCGGUGAGUGGGAAAGAGCAACCUUGCUAUGAAAACGUCAUGAUUACACACUCGUAUACCUCAAACGCGAGUACUACGUGAGAGUAGUUUAA